AUCCCUCCAUCCAUAUAUAGGCAUGCCGUGAAUACUCUGUCAUGAUACGCUCCCGCAGCCUCGCAAGUGUCUGUCAACAAAUGGCCUUCCUCGUUUAGCUUUGCAGAUGUUGUUAAGGCCGGCGGAUUUGCAAAAACCUCCUGAGCCUGCCCGGGAGACACAUGCACCUCUGCUGAGGAGCGAGAGGAGGCGGUGAGACACAGCGCCGCAGAGGGAGGCAGCAAGCAAGAGACAGACCCCUCCCUGUGUUGAUCUGAGCGUGUGAGAGUGAGUGUGUGUGUGUGCCCGACUCCAGUACCGUCCCACCCCCCGGGCCUGCAAUCGCAUGGCAGAGCAGAGGACUGGACUAAGCAGCAGCCCCGGACAGCCGCUACACUCCGCUGACUGUUCCUUUGUGAUGAAGGCAGAGUUGACUGCGGGGGGUGUCGUUGGAACUGAAUGAUCUGCCAGGUGGUGGAGCGGACUUGGCGGGGCACGAACCAUGGAGGAGAACACGUUCUCUCGGAUCAGACUGUGGUGCCCGCGGCCAUUUGGCACCUACCUCCAGAACAGGCAGUGCUGCAUCAGUCUGAAGAAGGCCGCGGGCGAGGCCAAGACUAAAGAGAAUGAGGCGGGCGGUUUGGAGACGUCUCGGCCCCCCAGCGGAGCGGGCAGUGGAGGGGAGGGUGGGCAGGAGGAGGGGCAGGGAGAGGAGGGGAGGGUCAUGCUGGACACCUGGUACGUCAUCAAGCCGGGGAACACCAAGGAGAAGAUUGCAUUCUUUGUGGCCCACCAGUGUGGUGGCGUGGGGACUAACGGGCGGAGUAACGCUGUCAAGGUCAAGGGCAGUUGGGCCAUGGACGGCACCAAGCCCAAGCGGAGGAGGAAGUCUCACGAGCCGGUCAAGGGGGUCCCGGUGGUCUCGAGGGACCCGUGCCAUUCGUCCCAGGGCCCCCCCUGCCUCUGCCCGGAACCACUGUGCGAGGCCGAGCUGGUGUCCGUGGCCGAGAUGGUGGCCAGAGUGGAGCAGAGGGUCACCUCGACCCUGAGGUCACAGCCCCGUCCACCCCUGAACCCAGUGGGGACGGGGUGGGCUCUGAGAGUCACUCCCCCCUCCCCAGCUCCGAGGGGGAGAUAGAGGGGGGGGGAGAUAGAGGGGGAGGGGGAGAUAGAGGGUGGAGACAGUCGCGUUGCCGAAGCCAUAGCCAGGAUCGAGUCCGCCCAGAGAGGGGGGUUGGGAGGGGACGAGUCUGAGCACCCCAAUGGGCGAGGGGGGCGGAGGGGGGGUUCAGGGGUGCCCGGCAGGCGAGGUGAGGAUCGCCUUCAGAGUAGCGAGUGGCGGGGGAGGGGACGGGCGAUCAGGCUCCGAGCCGCAGCAAGGCAGAUCUUCAUGAGUUGCAACCACUCGGCAGUGGGGAAAAUCACCUGCGACCUCUAUCAGAUCUCCCCCUCUCUCACCCCCUCUGCCCCUCCCAAACACAACCAAAACCUGGACGUGGAGAUGGGGCCAGCGCGACCCGCCCAGGAGCCCAGGACAGACCCUCCAGAGCCCCUCUCCUCCUCCUCCACCACCUCCUCCUCCUCCUCCCCUCCCUCCGACAAGGGGCCAUCUCCGCGAGACUGCAGGAGUGGGUUCCAUGUGGAGGUGGUGGUGACCGGAGGGGUUGACCAGUGCCUGGUGUUUGGUCGGGACGGGGCGCCUGGGGACAAGGAGGAGGGGGUGUGUGUGACGGUCAGCCAGGACUCCAAGUGCCCCUCGUGCGAGGAGCCCCCGCCUGGUCAACUCUUCUUCCUCCACUCCCUGGCCCAGAGUCCGCAGUCCGAGGGCGGGAGGAGGGCCGGAGACGACGGGGAGAUGAAACCGCGGGCGGAGAAGGAGGAGAACUCGGUGCUGCUGAGGCCCCAGGAGGUGGACAAAGAGCCUCCACUGUACUGCCUCUACCGGCACGUCUCCCACGACUUCCUGGAGAUCCGCUUCAAGAUCCAGCGGCUCCUGGAGCCGAGGCAAUACCUGCUGCUCCUGCCCGACCACGUGACGGUCAAGAUUCUGGCCUUCCUGCCCACCCGCUCGCUGGCCGCCCUCAAGUGUUCCUGCCACCACUUCAAGGGGGUGAUCGAAGCGUACGGUGUGCGAGCCGUGGACUCCCGUUGGAACAGGGACCCCCUGUAUCGGGACGACCCCUGCAAGCAGUGCAAGAGGCAGUACGAGAGGGGGGACGUGUCCCUCUGUCGCUGGCACCCCAAACCUUACCACCACGACCUGCCUUACGGACGAUCCUACUGGAUGUGUUGCCGGAGGAAAGACCGCGACGCUCUGGGUUGCCGGAUUGGCAUUCACGACAACAACUGGGUUCUGCCGGGGGAGACUGCCAAGAGGGAGGAGGGCAGGUAAACACCUCCAGACAUUGGGACCCUCCCCCACCCCACUCGUUGACUGAACGUUCUGGAUUCUCCUCUACACUAGAGCUAUUUAAUUUUUUUUUUGAAAUCGUUGGAAAUGGGGAAUGGUGUUGAGAAGGUA